GAUUUGGAUUAAAUUUGUUUUGUGAUAAUGGUUUACGGAUUCUGAAUUGAAUAGUAUAUGUCUUGAAAAAUAAAAUAUUGAGUAAGAUUUUUUUUUUUUCAGAAAUAGAAACAGUCAUUUUGUUAUACUUAUUUUAACCUUGGGGGUUGCUGAAUAAUAUCCAUAAUAAGAUUAGUAUUUGAAUAUUGAGACAGAAACCAUGGCAGAUUUUGGAGGUUGGCCAAUCCUUUGGUGGCUCUUGGGCUCCUUCUGUGUUCCAUUCACGAUUCCCUGGCUAAUAUUCAAGUUGUACCGACACCAGAAGAUGAAGGCAAAACUACAUGGAAAGGUGGUGUUGAUCACGGGAGCCAGCUCAGGUUUGGGAGAGUCCCUAGCACACGUGUUCUACCAGGCCGGCUGUCGCGUGAUACUAGCAGCACGCAGAGAGACACAGCUAGAGCGGGUCAAGAGAGAGCUACUAGCGUCACGCAUGGAUAAGGAUGUAGUCACUCACACACCAAUCGUGAUGGUGUUGGACUUGGCAAAGCUGGAGGAGAUACCCGACCAGGUGGAAAAAGUGCUGAAGAUUGUUGGCCAAGUGGACAUUUUGGUGAACAACGCAGGUAUUUCGUACCGAGGUGAAGUGCUCACCACCAAAAUCCAAGUCGAUCAGGAGGUAAUGCUUGUGAACUACAUAUCUCAAGUGGCCCUUAUCAAAGCACUUUUGCCAUCAAUGGUUCUUCGCAAGUCUGGCCACAUUGUAGCCGUGAGCAGUGUUCAAGGCAAAAUAGCUAUUCCUUACAGGUCAGCAUAUGCUGCGUCGAAACAUGCCAUGCAAGCGUUCUGUGACACACUGAGAGCAGAAGUGGCGCACCAUAACGUCAACAUUACUGUGGUCAGUCCUGGCUACAUACAGACCAACUUGUCCCUCAAUGCCAUCACAGGUUCCGGAGACAAGUACGGAGUUGUAGAUGAAAACACAGCGAAAGGGUUCGAGCCUGCGAAGGUGGCAAGAAGUAUCUUGCUGGCAGUGAUGAGGAACCAACCAGAGCUCACCAUCUCUGAUAUCACCCCGAGGGUGGCAAUACUGCUCAGGACAUUGCUGCCAUCUGUGUACUUCUACCUCAUGAAAAACAGAGCGCUGCGGCUGAGACAGCAGGCUUUGCCGAAAGUGACAUAGACACAAAUACUUCUUUCUCUUUGUAUAUUGCUACUUGCUCUUCUUCAUUUUAUAAUAUACACAUUCACAUGAAUUUGUAAACAUUGUAAUAUUAUGUUCGAUUCUCAUUCUUGUGAUAUUUUGCUACUUAGAUGUAUGUUGUACAUUUUAGCAAAUGUAUAUAUUUUUUAUUGUUUUUAUUUGUAUAAAUAAAAGUAUAGUUCGGGCCUGAAAA